AGAUGCAAUGCAUUAUUGCGAUCCCACAUGAAAAAGGUUGUGUCUAAUGCGUUGACGUUGUCUUGGUGGUAACAUAUAAUCACGUUUACCAGAUAACCACGUUAACUAGCCACUCGCCAGAAAUUCUCCUAUAUUGCGUACUUGAGAAAACCCUGUAUGUCAGCAUGCAAAGCCAAGCAUCUUCGGAAGAGCCGCUGCAAAACAACACGACGUUGAAACUUCGUGAUAGCUGCAACGCAUGCGCAGUAUCCAAGUUGAAAUGUAAUAAAGAAAAGCCAACCUGUUCGCGUUGUGCCAAGAAGAAAAUCGCGUGCAAUUAUGUUGCUACAAAGAGAAAGGGGAGGAAACGCGCUCAAUCAAGCCAGUCGACGGCUUUAGAUAGACCAAGCACCGCCGAUGCGAGUCCUUCGCCCGCAGCACCAAAGCCUAUUUUCAAUCCUCUAAGUCGAUUAGAAAUGUGGUUCGCGGCGGACUACGCCAUAUCGAUUGAGGACUAUCUAUCGCGAUGUGCUGAUUCCACUGAUGAAAAUUCUAGAGCAUCUACCCCGUACCCUGCUUUGUCAGAUAACUUGAUGCCAAUGCAACUCUCAGACUUUGCGACUGAAAACGACGAGACCUUGCAUUUGCUUACACCUCAGAUGUUAGAGCUCUUGAACUGCGACGUCACAAACGGAGUGGAUCAAGCAUCCGCAGAUGUUUCAGAAGUUGCUGGCAGAAAAGAUGCCAAUUCCGACUCUGCUGGGUCCUUGGCUUUCUUCGAAAAUUCUGUCAUUGAGCCGGCAUUACGUUCCGACGUUGAGCCAUUGGUUCCUGACGACGUGCCUCGCUCACGUAGAAGCGAGGCUGACUCGUGUUGCAUGCUGCAAGUAAUGGCUAUUGUGAAGCAGGCCUUCUCCAAUUCAUCCAAUUCAUGUGAGAAUUUAGACGCCAUGGACAUUUGCGGCACACCCGGAAGCAAUGUUUUUGCUACCAACCAGCAAACCAUCAACGUCAUCGGCGAGGUUUUGAAGUGCUCAUGCUCUCAGGAUGGAUUUAUCCUCGUCAUGAUGUCUCUCAUUAUUCUCAGGGUACUUGGACAAUACAUCUCAGCAGCACGGCGGCCGCAUCUCUGGUGCGGCAGAUCCGGAGACAGUUUGGGGACUUACUCGCCCCUCAGUAUGAGUGUUCAUGCUUUCCUCGAUAAAACACUUUCAUGCCCCGCUGGCCCUGGAGAGCCAGACGAAGAUGAUCCUGCGUACAUGGCCGCGCAGAGGGUCCUAAGCGAACUGCCCUAUGUUCAGCGUCUAGUAAACCAACUGUCAAUAAAGCUACAGAACCAAGGCUUCAGUGCCAAUAUGGUGGGAGAGAUUCAGAUUUCAGAACUCGGCCAACAAGAAGACAAGGGCAACUCACUACCACUUCCUCUGGGGUUGUUUGACCAGCUCAACACUGAUAUACGGAGAAACCUCAAGUUCCUAGCAGGGGAGGUUAUUGCUACCCUGCGGCGGGAGUAGAGUGCUCCUGAUAGUAAAGCUUUUAUAUUAAAUAGGCA